GCAGCCAGCGCCGGUCCCGCCCGCGCCGCUGCGCGCCAAGUGCGAGGCGCGGGGCGCGGGUGCCAUGGUGCGCUCGCUCAACUCCAUCGUGGCGGUGUGCCAGAACAUGGGCAUCGGGAAGGACGGGAGCCUGCCCUGGCCCCCGCUGAGAAAUGAGUAUAAGUAUUUCCAGAGAAUGACUAGCACGUCCCGUGUGGAAGGUAAACAGAAUGCACUGAUAAUGGGUAAAAGAACCUGGUUUUCCAUUCCUGAGAAGAAUCGUCCUUUAAAAAACAGAAUUAAUAUAGUGCUCAGCAGAGAGCUCAAGGAAACCCCAAAGGGAGCACAUUACCUUUCCAAAAGUCUGGAUGAUGCUUUAGCUCUUCUGGAUUCACCAGAAUUAAAAAGUAAAGUAGACAUGAUUUGGAUUGUUGGAGGCACUUCAGUUUAUAAGGCAGCAAUGGAGAAGCCAAUCAAUCAUCGACUGUUUGUGACAAGAAUUUUGCAGGAAUUUGAAAGCGACACAUUUUUUCCAGAAAUUGACUUAAAUGACUACAAACUUCUCUCAGAAUACCCUGGUGUCCCUGCUGAUAUCCAAGAAGAAAAUGGCAUUCAGUACAAGUUUGAAGUGUAUGAAAAAACUGUCUUGGCACAAUAAAUGAGGCUUUCUGUACUUCUACGUAAGGUUUGGAAUAUCUACUAAUGCAAGAAGUCCAACACUGAGAAGGCGUCAAAGAUCCUGAGCUUGAUUGGGAUGGUAUAUACAUUUGUAACAAUCUUUACAAUAUGUGGAAGAAGGGGAAUUAAAAUUGAAAGCAUAACAAAAGGAUGAGAAAGCAUAAAACUGCUCAAGCCAUGUGGAAAUGGAAUCCAGAAGUCUCAGGCAGUAAUCCAGGGAUAUACUGAUCCUUCAUGGAAGUCCUCUGUCAUCAUCUUAACCAUUCUGGGAACACAGCCUGCCUCAUUCCUUUUAACUGAAAAUACUGUAUUACAGCUUAAUCUGAUAAAGAGGUUUAACUUUUCCAUUGAUCUAACAGUUGUGUAAAGGCUUGCAGAGCAUUGUUGCUCCUAUACAACAUUGCUAGUCAGUUUGUCUGUGGCUAUUUAGUAGUGUAAGAACAUAAACGUUACUUUCUUAACAGAAUUUGUGUUCUUGUCCCUUCUGAGUUUUAUCAGAAUGCGUAGUGUUAACUUACUCUGCCAGUGUGAUUUCAACUAUUGUACAUGUCAUAGAAAUAUGGAUUAUAAACAGACAGUGGGUUUCUGUUUCUUCUUUGGUUACAUGUAGCUAAUACAACAAUAUUUUGCAUUAUUAUUCCCUAACCGUAGCAAGCAAUAUAUUGGUACACUAGGUUCUAAAGGCAUACAAUACCAAAUGUUACCAAAGUUGUUGGGUGCCAGUACUAUCACAAUAUCAGAUUAUGAAUAGUGCUAAUCUAUUGCUACGUAUUGACUACCCCCAUCCCGCUCCAUGGAGAGGCUGGCAGAGGAAUCAACUUACCAAGUGAUAUGGAGAGAAGCUGGGAUGUACUUUGCCCAGCUAUGCUUCCUUGUGCUAAAGCUACUGCCUUGAGAAAGGAAAGUUAAAAAGCUUAACCCGCCAAAAUCUGCUGACUCUUUCCUCAUUGUAUUUUUAAAGCAUCAUCACAUAAAGCAAUAGUGUGAGAGAUUCAAAUGAUAAUGCCCAACACUUAAUGUUGCACUAAGGCCCAGUCCUAAUGUCAGUGAAGACAGCACUGGCCCUCAGCAUAUUUUACACAGCAUAUAACUGGGUACAGCAGGCAUGUAACAGCAUCCAGUUUUUAAUAGAAGAGUUGAAACUUGAUUUUGCUUGCCUUUAAAAAACAAAAAGAAACUUCAUUGAUAAGGGAAAAACAUUUAAAAUAUCAACUUUGAACUACCACUGAAUUUUCCAUGACAGUUUGACAAGAGUUAACUAAGACAAAGAAUAAUUUUUGCAGUUUCUGUCCUGGAUUGUCUUGAUUUUCUCUGUGUUCUUUUGCAGUCUUAAAAAUCUAGGUACUUUCCUUUGUUGGUCUUCUUGUUCCAUAUAUGCUAACUUUACAUCAGUCAAUAAAGAGUUAAGCAUUAAUAUUA